AUGACUGAUGAGAAGACCUUCCGAAUCGGCUUCAUAGUGCUGGGCCUUUUCCUCCUAUCCCUCGGCACGUUCCUUAUGAGCCACGACCGACCCCAGGUCUAUGGCACCUUCUACGCUAUGGGCAGCAUCAUGGUGAUCGGGGGCGUCAUCUGGAGCAUGUGCCAAUGCUAUCCUAAGAUCAGCUUUGUGCCGGCAGACUCUGACUUUCAAGGCAUCUUGUCCCCAAAGACCCUGAGCCUGCUGGAGAACAGGCUUUCGGAGGUGAAGAGUCCCCAAGCCCCGUACGUCAGGCUGUGGGAAGAAGCCGCCUACGACCAGAGCCUUCCAGACUUCACUCACAUCCAAAUGAAGGUCCUGGGUUACAGUGAGGAUCCCAGGCCCCUGCUGGCCCCUGAGCUGAAGACAGGAGUCAGCAGUGGUGGGAAAGGCGAGCCUCCUCAGACUGCUCAGGCCUGGAUGGAAGCUACGGUGGUCGUCCACAGGGGCGUGGAUGAGACUGAGGGAGAAAGACCCCAUACUCAGAGCAGCCCUCCAGGGUGCUCCCCAGGCUCUGCACCCCUGGCCUCCUUCCAAGAUGACCUGGACAUGGGUUCCAGUGAAGGCAGUAGCCCCCACCCGUCCCCACCCAACAGAGAUGAGCCACACCCACAGGUGCCGUGGGCCAGCAGGGGUCCACUGGAUCGCUUCAGUGACUUUGCCCUCAUUGAUGACACUCCCACAUCAGAGGACAUGGUCCUGGAGGGGCAGGUGCGGGAGGUAGCUCUGCCCAGCAAGCAGCGGCGGUCCCUGAGGGUGAAGGAGGAGACUGUCGGGACAAGUGCGGAGGAACCCGAGCAGGAGGAGGAAGACCUGUACUAUGGGCUACCAGACAGCCCUGGGGACCCCCUCCCCGACAAAGAGUUGGGCUUCGAGCCCGAUGUCCAGGGCUGA